GAACAAAGAGCUGAAUUAGACCCGUGAACGUUGCAUUUCAUAUGCGCAGUCAGCAGGUGGCGACAUAGUAUCAUCGUACGCUGCUGACCCAUUUUCAGCGGCCGUAACAAAUAUGGCGCCUCUAUCCAUCCAUCCAUGCAGUACCGCGGUCUGUCCUCCAGGAUCUUUCUUCUGUAAAAGUUAGACCCUCCUAUUCGGAUGGAGCGACACGCAGCUGGGCCCACCGGACCCCAGUCCUGCCGCAGCAUGCCCCGAAGCCGCCCCUGUCAGCCCACCGGACCCCAGUCCUGCCGCAGCAUGCCCCGAAGCCGCCCCUGUCAGCCCACCGGACCACAGUCCUGGCGCAGCAUGCCCCGAAGCCGCCCCUUUCAGCCCACCGGACCCCAGUCCUGCCGCAGCAUGCCCCGAAGCCGCCCCUGUCAGCCCACCGGACCCCAGUCCUGCCGCAGCAUGCCCCGAAGCCACCCCUGUCAGCCCACCGGACCCCAGUCCUGCCGCAGCAUGCCCCGAAGCCACCCCUGUCAGCCCACCGGACCACAGUCCUGGCGCAGCAUGCCCCGAAGCCGCCCCUGUCAGCCCACCGGACCCCAGUCCUGCCGCAGCAUGCCCCGAAGCUGCCCCUGUCAGCCCACCGGACCCCAGUCCUGCCGCAGCAUGCCCCGAAGCCGCCCCUGUCAGCCCACCGGACCCCAGUCCUGCCGCAGCAUGCCCCGAAGCCGCCCCUGUCAGCCCACCGGACCCCAGUCCUGCAGGCAGAGCCAGCAGGAGCACCUGGAGUUGGAGCGGCUGCACAGCAAGCUGGCCAGCUGGGAGCAGGAGCGUGACCACCAGGCAGGCCUGACCAAGACAUUUUAGGUGACAUUACGGGGCCACGAGAUGGCACUGCUUAGCCCGGAGGAGGCGUGUAGUUAGCUCAGCUAACCCUGAAGAGCUGCAAGCUGCAGGAGGCAGAGGCCAUGAUGCAGGACUGCAAGAAUGCAAGAGGCUACCCACCUGGAGCCGGAGUGGCUGUGCCUGGCCGCCUGACCCUGCAAGCAGGAAGUCCCACGGCAAAACCCACCUGCCACAAAACCUCAGGGCCCCAUCAAGGGGGGAGGAAGAAGAACUGGGGUCAGAAGGAAGCCGCACCACAGCACGACUGCAGCAGCCCCUUGCGCUGGCUGUCCCUGGAGAUGGGCCUGGCUGUGGGAGUCCCUGGGUGUGGGGUUCCUCGGCCAGGGAGACCCCCUGAAAGAGGCAUUAGGUCCCCUUAAGGUGCACAAGAGGAAGGGUCGGUGCUGGGCCCCUGGGACUUGCUUCAGAACUGAGAUGGGGACUGGGGGUGGUAGUUACUGGGAUGGUCGACCAUUGGGAGGGGGGCAGUGUAGCACUGGCAGUUGGCAUAUCCUGGCAUGCUUAUGGGCAAUUGUAAAUAGCCCCUGUCUGUAACUGUAAAUAGUCCUUGUACUGUUGUUGUUAUGGUUAUAGUUGCCAUCCUAAUCGUGGCGUGUAUGUUUGCCCUUGUCUGUGUGUACCCAGUCCGAUCCUCUCGUGUUCUUAGCUUGCAUAACUCUCCCACCUUACAGUUCGGCGUCUGACCAACUUGUGUUUCAGCUGUGUGUAUUUGGGGGUUCGGUGCUCGUUGGGUGCCUGCUACAGUCCCGUUCAUGACGAGGAUGCAGAGCCUGUUCUGUCCCCGCAAGCAAAUCUCCUUGGUUUUCGGUGCUUUCGCGAUGCCUCGGUUUGCCGGGCGCCGCAGUAUUUUACUGCAUUUUGAUAAAAAUGAAUAUACGGAUAAUUGUAAAAUAAAUAGGCUGUAUAGUGUUAAUGUUAAUGAUUGCGUCAUGAUAUUGAAUAAUAUGUGUCGAUCAAAAAUAAAUACUUUUAGAAAAUUAAUAAAAAUGUCUUAAUUACGUCGAUCGUGAAAUGCAUAAAUGCCAAAGCUGAUAUUUGAUAACACUGGCAGCCUCUCACUGCGGUUAGUUCAAUUUGCCAGUUGGUGUACAUUUUAUGGCAGAACCAUGCCUUUUAGCAAAUGGGAAACAUGUUUAUAUUUAGUGAAAAAACAACAUCUGGGCCCUUUCUGUAUCUUUGGUUUUUGUAUAUCCAGCGUAAUUGUCUUAUUUUUGCCUUAAAUGAGUUCUGCUUUGAGGGCGGCAGCAAAGUCACCUGUAUGCCGAAAUGGCUUCUUAUUGUGAAAAUUUAUUUUUUUAUUGAAUUUCCCUCCGCCACAGCAUAGGCGUCCAUGCCAAUGUCAUAUUCAUACAGACAGUUAAUAUCCAGUUGGCCUCAUGAAUAUCGAUAGGGCUCCGCUCGCUGUCCUGACGCCACGCCCACUUUAUAGCGCCUGUCCGCAGCUGUGACUUUCUCUUUCCAUCCCUCUCUCUCUCCCUCUUUCCGCUACGGUUGUCCUGUUCGAUUCACGGACACCCUGUAAACGGGAAAGGUCCUCCCGCGAGCAGCGUUCGGUGUGCAUGGUGACGACGGGAAAACGAGCGCAAAGCCAGCGUCCCUCUUCCAAUGGCGCCUCGCAUACAGACUCCUCAUUACUAUCGCAAACGAAAUCAGCCGCGCAUUAGUCUUGUCGUUUUUAUUAAUACAUUGUCGAGCUUUAUGUUAGAUCCGGAUGCGCAAAGAUCGCGCAUCUAUGGUCGCUCUGUGAUUUAAGACGCAAGACUGAACCUGUACAGUAUGUGGAGCCAGAAUUUACGGCCCAUCGUCGAGUACGGAAAUAGCAGAUGACCUGUCUUUCCGAAAAAGCACCCUGUCCCAAAGCUGGCUUCUUUGUAACUCAGGUCUGAGGGUAAUCGCAUGAGUCUCCUAGCAGUGGCGUGGUUUCCUUGCUGUAAAACUUUAUCCCUUUAAAUAGCUUUUCAUGAAAGUUAGGCUUUCUGUUUGUCCCUGCCUCUGCUCUGCAUCUCACACUGCACUGCUGACAGUAACACGCCGGAUCGGGAGACACUGCAGUGGUGAGGUUGGCGUGAGGGAUUCCUGACAGCCUCUCGCAGGCACUGCGGAGGCCUCGCUGGCCAGGGCUCAGGAACAGAGACGUCUCGGAUGGCAUUUUGAGCCCCAAAUCUUAAGUGCGGGGAUGUCAGGCGUAACAUGAUCCGCCAUGCUAAGGGCUCCUGAGAUUUCCAUGGCGAUGGUAGCCGGCCUAGGGAUCAGAACGGGCAGAGGAUGUUCGACAACCUGAGGCAGUAUCCCGCUGACUGUAGCGCUGGGGAGAGGCUGGGGAUGGGUGACCAUAGGCCUCUCCAUGGCAACUGGAGGGUUGCUAGGAUACCACUUUGGAUUAAAAAGAAUGGGACAAACAGCCAGCGGUUUCUCUCGUGCUCUUCCCAUGUGACCUGCCCAGAGAUGUGCUGCAGCGGUCAACUCCUCACCCACAUCCACCUGUGAACAGUGAAGGGGGCUCAACUCCACGACACCUGUGUUAAUGACACACCUGGUAACCCUCCCUGUAACCCCAACCUUCAUCCCCACCUGUUCAAGCAGAAUGAGAGAGCAGGGCAUUGUGGGAAAAUCAGCAGUGUGCGCACUUUGUGUUCAGCCUCAUGUCCACGCCUCCUCUUUCAUCCCCCUCCCAGACACCAUCACUCGCCAGCCAGAAUCCCAGGGCUCCCAUGAUGCUGUGCGGCAGCCUGGUCCCACUACACAGACUAUGAGUCAGGCACCAUAACUGUUGCAAAUGUCUAGCAGCCCAAGAGAGGAAGGCAAAGGACAGAUUGUGCCGCCCCACAGUGGCCUGCCCCCCUGCCACACCACCCACAUCACCUCUGCCCAGGCCAGCUCUGUUUGUAUCUUGUGGGGGGGAUAACGGACUAGAAAUGCCAAACACACAAACCCCACCCAAAGAAAAGGAGAAAAGAGAAGAAGUGAAAGUCAACUGCCAACCAAACUCUGCAUUUCACAAACGUCUCUGUAUUUGCGCUUUGACUGUGUCUGUGUGCGUGUGCCUGUCUGUCUGCGUCAGAGGUCCUGCCCGGUGUCGUGUUCCCCGCCUGUCUCCUGGCCACUCUUUCUCAGUGUUUAUCUGCAGCAUGGACUCUGUGCCCGUGCUCUGUGGCUGCUUGCUGGCGGUGGGGCCCGAACCCGAACCCGAACCCUAAUCUGCCCUCCUCCAGAUCCUUCUGCUCCUC